AUGAAUUUUACCUUACUUGUGGGUCUUCUCGGCCUGUUGGGUGUUGCUCGAUGUCAAUCAGUCUUCGCCCAUUUCAUGAUCACCAACUCGGCCAACUACAGCGCAAAUGACUGGCUUGAUGAUAUCUCUGCCGCGCAGAAGGCUCACAUUGACGCUUUCGCUCUCAACAUGGCCUACGGCGACGCCACGAACGAAAGGUCUGUGACUGCGGCAUUUGAACAUGCUUCUCGUCUCGGUUUUCGCCUUUUCUUCUCCUUUGAUUACGCCGGGAACGGUCCAUGGCCCAAGAAUGACGUGGAGUCCUUCAUCAACAGAUACGCAGGCUCGGGCGCCUACUUCCACUACCAGGGCAAGCCUUUUGUAUCAACGUUCGAGGGCCCGGACCAGGCGGAAGACUGGAUAGACAUCAAAGCGGCCACCGGCUGUUUCUUCAUUCCUGACUGGUCCUCCCUCGGUGCGAAGCCCGCCAUGGCCAAGGCCGGCGGUGUUGCCGACGGUCUUUUCAGCUGGGCGGCCUGGCCUUGGGGGGACCAAAACAUGGAUACCUAUGUUGAUGCCUCGUAUCAGGAGUACCUCGGCGGGAAGCCCUAUAUGAUGCCCGUCUCGCCCUGGUUCUAUACAAACCUGCCUGGCUACAACAAGAACUGGAUGUGGCGCGGCGACGACCUCUGGUUCGACCGCUGGCAGCAGAUUCUCUGGUGGCGGCCCGAGUUCGUCGAGAUCAUCUCCUGGAACGACUAUGGUGAGUCGCACCACAUCGGCCCGGUGAGGGACAUGGCCCUGGAGGCCUUCGCGAUCGGGAAGGCCCCCUUCAACUACGUGCUUCCCCACGAUGGCUGGCGCGAGACGUUGCCCUUCUCCAUCGACAUGUACAAGUACAACACCACCACCUUCGACUCGGAACGUCUUGUGGUCUGGUACCGGCCGAAUCCGUCGACGAGCUGCAACAGCGGCGGGACGUCAGGGAAUACGGCGUCGCAGCUACAGCUCGAGUUCCAUCCGUGGAACGUGACCAAGGAUGCCGUGUACUUUACUGCCCUGCUUGCGUCGCCUGCCACGAUCGAGGUUGUUGUCGGCGGCGUCACGCAAGAGGCAUCCUGGUCGACGACCCCGGAAGGCGACGUCGGCCUCUACCAUGGCAACGCCUGGUAUUACGGCUCUACGGGAGACGUGCGCGUUCGAGUGGUCCGCGGGGGUUCAGUCGUCGCCGAGGUUGCAGGCAUCCCCAUCACGAACGACUGCAGUAAGACAAACGGCUAUACAAAUUGGAACGCCUGGGUAGGCAGCGCAGUUUCUUCCCAUGCCGUGUCUGCCAAACCGAACUCCAGGGCGGAUCAGGUGUGCGUCGAGGGCACCGGGCCGCUGCCCGGUUUCGCGAGACUCUGCGAGUUCACCUGCGGCUAUGGAUAUUGCCCCCAGGGAGCCUGUCACUGCACCAAGCUCGGCGCCCAGGUCAAGAGGCCUACGUGGAAAGGCGUGGACGCUUUCCCUGCUGCCGGGAGGACUAGCGACUACCAAGGUCUCUGUCAAAAUGCGUGCAACUGGGGCUUCUGUCCUUCUACGUAUUGCGACACAACGCAGCACCCCACUGUCAUUGCUACCGUCUCCCAGUUCCUACCUGAGGCCUGCAUACGAGGCGAGGCCAUGGGCACAGAAUCCUAUUUUAACGACCUCUGUUCCUUCUCGUGCGCUCAUGGUUUCUGUCCUAUUGCUGUCUGUUACUGCUCGGCCCAAGGCGCCUUGGACGUGCUGGAACCUACAAGCUCGAGCGAUGCGAGAACUGUCGAUGGGGCACCCGAAGACCAUGGCCUCUGCGCCUUCGCAUGUGCCCAAGAGAGCAUCAAUCCUCAGCUGACGACGUGCAUGGACUUGGAUGGAUGUCCGGGCAAUAAGUUCUUCACUUGUUCCUGGACGAUCACAUCCACGAAUAAGACAAAGACUGGACCUUGCCCACCUUCCGAGCAGUUCUGGAAGAUCGGCGAGUCCUGGACGCUUGACUACACACUCCACGACGUACAGGGCUUUUAUGAGGCUGUGGAACGGGACCUUGGCAUUGAGAAAGAUUGGAUCUCCUUUGGUGAGUGGCACCAGACAUGGGACAGCGAGUGCAUUGAUGCGCCGGACUGGCGAAUCCAUGGUCCCAAAAUGCCGUGUCGGAAGAUGCGGGUCUACAAGACUGGUAUACCGGUGAAGAGCGGCAACGUCAAGGUCUCCAACCCUAAAGACGUCAUUGAGGCGGCGAUGCCCAAUAUCGAAACGCUGUCCAAACGGCUGCUGAGCGCCGCCUUUGGAGGCGCGGCGAUGGUGGCACGAACCGCCUUGCUUGUUGGCGAGGCUGGCAACGCCGCCCUCACGAUGGAGGGCAUCGUCGACGACCCGGUCUCGGCACCGUUCGCCAUUAUAGGGCUACUCGUCGGGCCAUUCGGCGGUGCAUCAAGGCUCACUUCAGCCUAA